AUGCGCUUCUUCAACAUCGCCGCUCUCGUCCUCGCCUCGGGCCUGGCCUCCGCCGUGGCAACGCCCCCAGUGCUGGUGGAGCGGGUCCAUGAAGCUACUUUGCAAGAGAAGAACAGGGCAGUCGUCGACAACAACCUCCUUCCGCCCAACUGCAGCCUGGGCUCGUGUCUCGGCUUGACCGGCGAGAUCACUUGUAUCAUUUCAGCUAUUGCGAGCGGCGAUUCCGCUGCUUUGCAGAAAUGUCUUUCGAAUAGCGUCAGCGAGAUCUGCUCUUGCGCUGCUUGUAUCCCUCUCGUAGCCAACGUUCUGUCUGCACUGGGCCUUUGCUCGGCAUCGAAUUCUACGCUUACACCCCAAGUGGUUAAUGCUUGA